AUUUUGGGGUUCCUGUAAAGGCGUUUGUUCGUUCACCCAUGACACCGAACGGUCGCUCCUAGCCGGGAUUUUGACGUAUAUAAGGCGCUGGAAGGACAUAGAGAGGCACAGUCCUUCCUCGGCCGGCGAAGAAAAGCAGACAACAUGAGAUUCCUGGUAUUUCUCUGCCUGGUAGCCAUGUGCUGCGCACGGCCCCACGCCGUUACUUCAGGAGCGGCAGCUGCAAAAGGACACUCCGCCUCAGCUGCUGACACCGGCGCGCAGGACACCGCCGGCGCUGCUGAGGCAACCCGCGCAGAGGUUUCAGGCGCUGAAGCCGAAGAAGCCGGUGAAUUUGGCGCUGAAGCCGAAGCGGGGGAAGUAGGCGAGGCCGGUGAAGCAGGCGAAGCUGGCGAAUACGGCGCUGAAGCUGAAGCCGGGGAAGCCGGAGAACUUGGUGCCGAAGCCGAAGCCGAAGCUGGAGAAGCCGGUGAAUAUGGAGCUGAAGGCGAAGCCGGUGAAGCAGGAGAAGCCGGUGAAGCCGGUGAAGCAGGAGAAGCCGGUGAAGCCGGGGAAGCCGGUGAAGCAGGAGAAGCCGGUGAAGCUGAAGCUGGUGGUGAAGGCGAAGCUGGUGGAGAAGGGGGCGAGGGAGAAGCCGGUGCAGCUUAAAUAAGGGGAGGGACUGUGAACCUUAGUUUGUAAGUUUUGAAUAUUUUCAUAUUUUAUGACGAGACAAAUAUAAUUAUUAUCUGUUAUGAACGAAUUCAGUAUUAAAUAAUAGUUACGGA